AUGCAUCUCUCUCGCCUCUUCCAGGUGGCAUUGCUUGUCGGCUCCGCUUCCGCCGAAGUGAUGUCUGCAACAUUCAACUCUCUUUACGACGACCCCUCGCGCUCUUUGAGUGAAGUCACCUGCUGGAGGAAGAACAUCGGUUUCAUGCCCAACUUGGACUGGACUCUUCAACAGGAUGCGGCUGGAUUUAUCGGCCUGGAUAAGGUUAAUGGAUUGAACUCUGUCAAGUGUUUCACUUGCUGGAAACUCAGCUAUGAGGGCAAGACUAUAUCGCUGCUUGCUCUUGAUGGUGCUGAGUCUGGAGUUGUCAUGUCUUUUAGCGCUUUGCAAUUUCUCACAGAUGGACGUGCUCAGGAACUGGCUCGAGUCGACGUCGAUGCUGUUGAGGUGGAUACAGCGGAAUGUGGAUUCCCAGCAAGCAAGCUGCAUGCAUAUGAUUUCUAG